GCUGCAGGUUUUAGAGGUUAUGAGCUUUUCUCAGGACUGCACACUCCCCAACCUGAAAAACGGACGGAUCAAGGUGCGCGAGGGUGGGCGUUCCAUUCGUUAUAAAUGCAAGAGACGGUUCACUCUGGUGUCCGACUACUCCGUGGCCAUUUGCUUGGAUAAUAUGUGGUUUCCCAAAAGCAAUCCCGUGUGUGUGAAGCGUGGCUGCGACAAUGUCCCGUCUCCUGAUAACGGAUACCGAAUCUAUAAACACGGGAGAGCAAUGGCCACCUUCUUUUGUAACAUUGGCCAUGACUUAAUUGGAAGCUCCGUCUUGAUCUGCGAUGGAUCUGCAUGGAACGGAACGGAGCCCACUUGUUCCAAGCCCAUCCUGGAGCAAUCUCUGAAUUGCAGCUUCACGCACGACACCUGUUAUUGGGGGCAACCUGAGCUAGAUGAAUUAUUCUGGGUCCAUUCGGAUAAUGCUAACCGCUCGUUCGGAACAGGCCCCCUCGACGACCACGCAGGUCCAUAUAUGAUCCUGGAAUCGUCCCAAAUUGAAAUGCCAUUGAAAACGGCCAGCCUUUACUCGCCUCUCAUUCAAGCGUCCGAUCAGAUCGAGUGCCUGAGUCUGGCUAUCAAUAUGAAUGGACUCACAAUGGGCUCAUUGAGUGUCUACCAGAUUCCGGAUGGAGCGGGCAACACCACAGGAUAUGAGCCCUUGUGGCAAAUCUCCGGAAACCAAGGUCCCACGUGGCACCAAUAUGCUGUCAAACUACCCUCGAACCCCCGGCAGCCUUACCAAAUAGUUUUGGAAGGCCAGGCCGGACUGGGCUAUUUGGGCGACAUAGCCGUGGAUGAGGUCUUAUUUUACACCAAUGUCGAAUUCUGCCGAUAUUCGAUACUUCACAAUCCCAGUCCCAUCGAGGAUCAGAUCCCCGUUCAGAGCCCGGUCUCUUGUGUCAUGCGUUGCGGCAUCCCCGAAAGAGAUCUGGGCCCCGAGGCCGAAUUCUGGCAGGAGGGGAUCUGCUCGUGUGAACCAGCCUGCCUUUUGGAGUACCCAUCUUUUCCUGUGUGUUGCUCGGAUUACGUUGAUGAAUGCCAUUACCACCUAGCCGCCAAAUUUGACGAUCGGGGUGGCGUGAAUUUCGGUUCUUGGUGGAGUUUCUGGCUUUGGAUGGGCAUUGCACUCUGUUUCAUGGCCAUGACCAUUGUUGCGGUUUCGGGUGGUAGACUGAGGGCAUGUCAUCGGGCUCGAAAAGGUCAGAUGAUGCAGAGAGAGUUGGAAUUGGAUUCCGACAUGAGGCAUAUGGUCAAUGAGAACGAGGAUAUUGACGACGACGAAGUGAUUGAUUUCACUCUGGCCACACCCAGUACCCUUCAAGUCAAUCUGGUUGGGACCCACAAUAGAAAGAUUAGCUCGAUUUAAGAUGGACUUUAUAGAAUAUACCUCUCUCGCCUGUCAUUUGUGUCAAUACUCAUGAAAUAUAUAUUAGGUUUUGAAAGGAGUA